AUGGAUGAAAGUAUGGAUAGAAGUGACACUGCUCAAUUAAAAAUCUUCAUUAGAGACGUUGAUAACGAAUUUAAUAUUACUGAAGAGCUAGCUUAUUUGCAAUCAUUAAAAGGAAAAACGACGGAGCAAAUAAUUUAUAACGAAUUUUCUGAAGGUCUUAAAAAUUUGAAAGCGCCUACUUCAAAAUUAUGCAAUAUAACUACAGAUGGAGCCCCAAAUAUGGACGUCCUUUGUAAAGCUGCAAUAGAUAUUACCCAUGUACUUAAUGUGGUUUCAAAACUAAUUAAUACGAUUCGAUCUCGGGGAUUGGUACACCGACAAUUCCAAGAAUUUAUGAUUGAAGUCGACGCAGAUUAUUCCGACCUUCUUUACCACACGAAAGUAAGAUGGUUAAGUUGUGGAUAUGCAUUUGAACGGGUUUGGAAUUUAAAAGAGGAAAUACAAGAUUUCUUAAAGAAUAAAACAGACAAAUGGUCUGAUUUCCAAAUUUUCGAAGACAAAGAUUGGCGUACGGAUUUUGCAUUUUUUACCGAUUUACUCGAACACUAUAACAAAUUAAAUAAAAAAUUGCAAAGAAAGAACCAAUUUAUAGAUGAGACUUGGGGUUGUCUGAAAUCAUUUAAAACUCAGCUUUUUCUGUUUUAUAACUGCAUAGCGAAGAACGAUUAA